AUGGGGCUGCGAUCGCCAGCCCGGGGCCACGCGUGCGCGAACGGGAGCAUCGCGGAGCGCCAGGAGAGAGGUCCUCGAGAUGAGCGGCAGAGGGGGUCUCGUCGGGAACUUCGCGUGAACUUCCACGACAGUCUCGAGCUGCCCGUCCCUCCUACUAAGGCGCAUAGAUUCCUGUCCGAGGGCAUCGUCAUCGCUCCGACAGGGGCCGACGCGGAGGACCUCAGCAAGGACGAUGAGCUCAAGGCUGCCGAGAAGGAGGCGCAGGAAGCCGAGCGUGCUCUCGAGCAGGCGAAGCAGGGUGCUUCUGGAAAUCACGACCAGGAUAGUCGAGCUGCAGAGGUGCAGCGCGAGGUGGAGCGCGCCCGCCUCGAGGCGGAGAAGGACCUGAAGGAGCGCCUCCGCGAAGCUCAGGACAAACUGCUGGACGAGAAGGCCUCGCGCCUCCGCGAGGCCGAGCAGCGGCUGGACAAGGCGAUCGCCGCCAAGCUGAAGGAGGCCGAGAAGAGGCUGCGCAGCGAAGCGGAGGACCGCACUGAGCAGCGCGCUGGCGCAGCCCGUGGCUCCAGUGGCGACUUCGGCAGCGUCAGGCUCCACACCGAAGCGUCCGCCAACGCCUCUGGCCUGGCCGACGUCCCUUUCGAGGACUGUUCCCCCGACUUUUGCUCCACCUGCUUCGAGAUAGCCUCGCCCGUGAGCACGAGGGCGCCCUGGGAGGGCGAGCUGUCGCAGUGGGGGCGGAUCAGCCCCUGCACCUACCACGAGGCCAGUUCCGCGCUGCGCCGAUGGCAGCCAGAAGAGCCCGUCUGCGCACUUCACCCGGACGCCGCGGUCCGCACCGCGGUGGUGGACCUGCACCCCAGCAGCGUGUCGAGUGCGGGGACUUGGGACAUCACGCCCUGCCUCAGCCGAGAGGGCCCCAGCAUGGCGGUCGUCCUGGCCUGGUGCAACGGAGCGCGCUACGGCGCCGGGGCGCGCAGUCUCGCGGGUGCGCUCAGAGACGCGCGGUUCCUUUUGCCCGCCGGGGAGGGCGGCGGCUUGUCCCCGGCGUUCUCCGCGCACCUGGCCCUGCAGCCCGCGCGUCUGUCGAUCUGGCAGCUGUCGACCUCUGAGUCUUUCCACGGCCGGCCUCCGUUCGACGGGCCGCCGCUGUCGAGGCGCGACUUUUCUGGGCGCGGUCGCGUCCAGCUGCCGCACUCGGCCCUGGAGUUCCCCCAGCGCCUCGCGGGAGACAGCCUCCGGCAUCCGAUCAGGGCGGUCUUCGCAACGAACAACUUCCUUCAGCAAGCCAGCCGCGCGGCGACGGACUCCGUCCACGCAUCGCUCUCGACGUGCGACUUGGCCCCGCGCGCGACCGCGCCGCGCCCGGCGAUCGCGAGGCUCGCGCUGCCGGCCCCGCGGGCGCCCCGGGGGAGUUUCGCGUCGGUCGUUCGCACCGGAGAAGACACCGAGCUGAGCGGUCGGAGCGAUGCGCUGUGGGGCCUGCGCGGGGCGGGAGAUGCCGCGGCGCUUCUGAGCAACGGGCGCCCCCUGGAACUGGUCCCGGCGUGGCCUCGCAGUCUCGCUCUGCCGCGGGAUCUCGUCACCGACGUGAUGUUGGAGGUUCUCGGCUUCGAGACCGAACCCAGCGCGGCCGCUCUCGAUGUCGCGGCCGCCGCGCAGAGCUGGGGCAUAGCGGCGGACGGACUCGAAAACAUCGACGCUUUGGACUGCGACAUCUUACCCGGAAUCGGGGAUUGGCGACGCGUGGCGCCUGUUUUUUUCGCCGCGGGGCGCCUCCCGCCGCCCCCGACGAGCCCUCGCGCGCGCCUGUCGAUGUCUACCGUGGCGAUAUCUCCGCGCCUGUUGCCUGUGCGCUCUCAUCGAGGGGUCCACUUCUCCGCCGCUGGUGCCCGAGAUUUCCAUCGACCGCCUCAAUGCGGCGGCUCGCGGACCCGGGGGGGCUCUUCCUUGUGGCGGACGCGGGCCAACCCUGGGCGCAGACCCGACACGCCGUGGACCUGCCCGACAUGGGCGCGGGAAUGCUGGGCCCCGCUGGACGGCGCGCUCCUGGCGUUCGCCGUGGACCCUGCGGAAGGCUACCCCGCUCUCUGGGCGCAGUUCGCGACGGUCGAGGGAAAGUUCGCGCGGGUUCUGAUGGGCGCCGUCCAGGGCGACGACGCCCUCCCGGCGCCGCCCGCCCUGAUGACAGACAGCGGCCCGAUGUGCGCGAUGCCGGGCGCAUGCCUCCACGCCGCCGGGCGCGGCGUCGCGCAUGUCGAAGCGGCGCCCUUCGCCGAUGUCGACGGCUGGCCGGCGCUGCCCGAGGCGUUCGUGGAACGUUCCGUGGCCCUGCCCAUCGAGGCCGCGGCGGUGGGCUCUCUCUCGCCGCCGCAGCUGGUUCUGACCGGCCGCGUGAUUGCCGGCGGGCGGCGAAAGUAUGGCAGCCUGCGCCGCAUGCUGGCGAUGGCCGUCGAACCGAACCCGCCGGGGGCCGCAAGCCAGAUCCGGUCACAUGGCCCCGGGGGCCUGCCUCGAGACGUGCACGGGGCGCCGGCGGGAACGUACCAGAGAGCCGGCGACGCGCGCGCGAUCGGCCCGGCGAACGGGGCGCCGCCGCAGGGCCGUCCGAACUGA